GCCCCUGACUGUAUUGACCCCGGCCGUGACCCGGAAGCGGCGGCGCGGAGCAAUGGCGGCGGGGCCGCAGCUGGAGAACGCGAACCCGCUGAUCUUCGGCCGCAGCUGCGAGCGGACACUCACCGCCCGCGACCUGGACGAGCGGGAGCCCGACGCCAUCGACGGCCGGGAGAUCUUUGAUCUGAUCAGAUCAAUUAACGACCCUGAACACCCGCUGAGCCUGGAGGAGCUAAAUGUCGUGGAACAACUUCGUGUGAAUGUGGCCGACGAGGAGAACAGCGUGUCUGUGGCAUUCACCCCCACCAUCCCUCACUGCAGCAUGGCCACACUCAUCGGCUUAUCCAUCAAAGUCAAGUUGCUGCGAUCCCUGCCUGCACGCUUCAAGGUGGACGUUCACAUAACUCCAGGCACACAUGCCUCGGAACAGGCAGUGAACAAGCAGCUGGCAGACAAGGAACGAGUGGCAGCGGCGUUGGAGAACGGCCACCUGCUGGAGGUGGUCAACCAGUGCCUGUCGGCGCGGCUCUGAACCCCAUGCACGGCAAUCAGGACAGGGGCGUGUGGGUGGGUCAGGGUGGGUGUGUGCAUGUGGAGCAAGUGUGUAUGUGAGUGUGUCCGUCGGGUGUGAGUGUGUGGAGCAAGUGUUCUUGUGUGGAGAGAGUGAGUGUGUGAAUAUGUGUGAGUGUGUGGGAGAGUGUGUGUGUAAGGAGUGUGUAGAGUAAGGGUGCAUGUCAGAUGCAGCUCAGUUUAUUAUAAUCAGCAGGGGGGGGGACAAUGCAAUUCCUUGAUCACGUGAAGCUCAGAGUGAAGAGUGUACAUGGGAGUGAUUGACACACCCAUAAAUGCAACGAGCAGUGCAAGGCAGCAGGGUGGUGCAAAGACUGCCUAGGGUGUGUGUGUGUGUAAGUGUGCACAUGUUGAGCGUGUAUGUGAGUGUGCAUGUGUGUAGAGUGAGUGGGUAUGGAGUGUGUGUGCAUGCUUGUGUGUAUAUGCAUCUGCUUGUCUGUCUAGAGGUCCCUAAGCUGAAAGAAGGUCCCACGGUUGUACAUGAUACUGGUCUCUGCUGGUCUGUUAUGGUUUUUGCUGCUCUGCUGGUCUGAGCUGGUUUUUGGUGUCUGAUGGAGUGUGCUGGUGUCUGCUGGUCGGUGCUGCUGUCUGCUGGUCUGUGCUGGUUUUUACUGCUCUGCUGGUCUAUGCCGGUGGGACGUGAAAGGUUUCUGCAAGCCUCUGGCUAGGAAGAGGGAGAUUGGUAAAAGUCCCUCCACUGCAACAACAUGCGGUCCCCAGCUGAAACUGCCCAUCAUCAGUAUUACAAAUGUCUGAUGUAAGACUGUGACCUCAGCCUUGCUCAAGGAUGAGUGAACCAAACUGAAUAAAAGCUUCAAUGUGUUGGCUAAUGCUACCGUA